GUGCUAGUGACUCAUCUACAAUACGGCUACAAGCGCGUCUGUCUUGUUUUGGAGUUGUUUAACAAUUUUAAAAACAAAUUAGAAUGCUUUUACGAAGUAAUUUAGUGUUAAUUUUUACUGUAAUUACAAUUAGUUUACUUUGUGAACAUGCACAAGGGAAGCGUGGACGUUACAGGUAUAAUCAUUCACCAUCAAUAGAAUCAACUGAGAAUGUACCAGUGGCUGUAAUUUAUGAUAGUGAUGAUAUCCGUGAAGAUAAAUCCAUAAAACUUUCCGCUAAUUUCCAAACUUCAAAAGAUGAUCUAAUCACUCCCGAGAAUAUAAAACAAAAUUCAGAUACGACACCGAAAAUAAAUGCUGAUGUACCAAAACAAGUAAAGAGGGUUGAGCAGAAAAAAAUUCAAAGCAACUCUUUAACAACAGACAAAGAAAGAAGUCUACAGAUACCAGUUAGUGUUGUAUAUGACUCAGAACCAAGUAACAAGGAGAAUGUUCCAAGAACCAGUGCCCCGAUUGUAAGAAGAAGACCAACCGGAAGACGUCUACCAAAAUCAGAUACAUAUAGAAAACCUAAAGACAACAUUGUAACUGAUAAACAAAUUGAAGAGAAGAGCAUUGUUAAUUCUGAUACAUCGUUGAUUCCAACAGCUACCACAGAAAGUUCUCUGAAUACGCCUGUUAAAGAUCAAGGUCAAGUAAAAAUUGUAAAACGAAAGCGAACUCGCGGCCCUGUGGUACCGAUUGUAACUGAAAGGAACUUCGUAUAUGCACAUAGCGGUAACUUUCAUUAUAGCUUCGAAGGCGGUGAUGGCACGAAAGUAUUUGAGGACGGCUCAUUAAAAUCAAUAAAUGACGAGACUGGUGAGGCUGUGUCUGGAGGUUUCUCAUACAAAGAUAAAGACGGCAACGACAUCAGCUUAUCAUACACCGCAGAUGAAAACGGCUACAGACCAAUUGGUGCCCAUCUGCCUACGCCUCCUCCAAUUCCACCAGAAAUCGCACGCGCCUUGGCCUACCUCGCUACAAAAUCAACCCCACAACCCAUUACAGAACCUACAAAAAAAUUCGAUUAGUCUUAAAAUAAUUACUUGUUCUAAAUUAUUAAAAUAGUUGUUAAUAAUCUUGAAAUAAAAUAUUUUUUUUUCUGACGUAUAUUAUUUUCCCAUAAACCAGUUUUUAAUUCAUGCGAUAAAUUGAUAAAAAUCAUUUCUCUAUUGAAUUAAGUCGCUAUGCUUGUAACAGAUUUGGCUAUUAUUACUGUCUGUUAGUGUGUUGUAUAAAUUAUAAUUUUUACACAUUCAGUCAAAGCCAAUUUGUCAAUAUUAAUAUUUGAUAUCUUCUCAAACAUUCCAAAUGUUAGACGUCUGUAAAGUCAUUGAUAAUGCGUUUGUAAUUAUUG